UCUUCACCACAUGUAAACAAACUGGUCGAGGAUCUUGUUUGUUUUGUCAAAUUUCAAGUUUUAUUAAAUAUUGUGAUAACUUUCUCUAUUUAUUAACUGGCAUAUUGACUUAAGCUUUCAUCAUGGCGACAAAUAAUGACAAAAGAAGACAACUUGAUGAUGAGAUGAGCCGAUUUGAGGCAGAAAUAUCAGGUCCUCCUGGUACUGGUAGCGUCCCUCCUCUCCAGCCUCCACCACCACCUCCCAGGGCUGUCAUAGGAUCAAACACCUUCACUCAGGUUCAGCAGCGACUGCAACAACAGCAUCCUGAACCUCCAGGUACCGGCAGUCCCCCGGGACCUCAUGGACCUCCUAGUAUUCCUGCUCUGUCUGGUGGUCCUCCAGGAGCUCCUGUUCCUUCCGGUCCAUCUGUUACUUCAGGUCCUGCUGGCCCUCCAGGUCCUGCGGGGCCUCCAGGUCCACCAGGUGGUCCUACAGGUCCACCUGGUGUCAAUGUUGAGGUCCAGGGAGAACAUAAGAGGCCUCCAGUGUCUAGUGGUUCAAGUACCAGCAAUGGAGUUCCCCCUCUUCCUCCGCCUCCACCGCCGCCUGGUGGAUAUAUUGGGCCCAGAAUGCCAUCAGAACGUGGACCAAAUAGUAACCUGCCACAACAGCAGCAGCAACAGCAGCAAACUAGACCACCACCACCACCUCCUCCUGGCUUCAUCCCCCCACAGCUUGCUCGUCAACACAUGCAUCACAAUAUGAUGUGUGAUGGUCCUCAGAUGGGGCCUAUGAUGGGUGGUGGUCCCCCUGGCUUUAUGAGACCCCCCGGACCACCGAGACAUCCUGGACCACCGGGACCCCCUGGAUAUGGACCUCCUCAUGGCCCUCCUCAUAGGCCACCUGGUCAUGGUCCUCCACAUGGACCUCCUGGGCAUGGUCAUCCACAUGGACCACCUGGCCAUGGCCCUCCACAUGGACCCCCUGGGCAUGGUCAUCCACAUGGACCACCUGGGCAUGGCCCUCCACAUGGACCACCAGGUCAUGGCCCUCCACAUGGACCACCAGGUCAUGGCCCUCCACAUGGACCACCUGGUCAUGGCCCUCCACAUGGACCACCUGGUCAUGAUCACCAUGGACCUCCGGGCCAUGGUCCACCUGGCCCUCCAAACCAUGGUCCCCCUGGGAUGGGUCCACAUGGUCCACCAGGUCAACAUUCUCCACAUCCGUCUCAAGGUCACGGUCCACCAGGGCCGGGCGGUCACGGUUAUGGUCCACAGGGACCUAAUCAGAUGCCUCCUCAUAAUCAGGGCCCACCUCACAUUGGUGGUCCUGGUCCCCUGAGAGGUGCCCACCCCCCUCCUCCUCCACCACCAGGGAUGCUACAGUCUCAACAGCACCACGGUCCCACACUGCCAGGUCCUCCCUUCAUACCAGCAGUCAUCUCUAAACCACCCACAGUCAUUAGUUCUGCUCCUAAACUCUACCCAACUCAAUCUACUAAGAGUGAAAGUAAACAGUCUGAAACUCCACCUAGUGCAGUCACUGUGCAGGGCCCUAAUGCACCCGGAGAUGUAAUGAUUGAACCUAAGAAGAAGAAGAUGAAGCCAGACUCUGUCAGUGCUGCGACACAACAUGCUCUUAACCUGCUGACACAAGCUCAGGAAAUGGCAGAAAAGGUAAGAGCCAGUACAAUAACAACAACGAUCACUAGACAAGAUGGGCCAAACCCUCCACCUGUGGCGACUGAGGAGAAGAAGAAGGAGGGGGGAGGAGGAGGAGGAGGAGGAGGGAAGUCACGCAACAAGAAGAACUUGAGGUGUGCUGGUGGACAGAUAUGGGAAGAUCACUCUCUCAAUGAGUGGGACAGUGAUGAUUUCCGGAUAUUCUGCGGUGACCUGGGGAACGAUGUCACCGACGAAUUGCUCACUCGUUAUUUUAGCCACUUCUCGUCCUUCGUCAAGGCUAAGGUGGUGAGGGAUAAACGUACAAAUAAAAGUAAAGGCUACGGCUUCAUCAGCUUCUCUGACCCGCAGGACUACAUUCGAGCCAUGAAGGAGAUGAAUGGGAAGUACGUGGGGUCACGACCUAUCAAGUUACGGAAGAGCACUUGGAAGGACCGUAACGUGGAUAUGGUGCAGAAGAAACAGAAGGAGAAGCAGCUACUUGGCCUUAAGUAGACCACUAGACUCCCCGCUGACCACCUCGUCUUGACGGUCAUGGUGUGGCGCCGUAAGCCGUCAGAAGAUCCUCGCUACCGUCGUUCUCCCCAUUCUCGUUCACUUUGCUAAACUGACUUCUAAAUAAUAUUUAUAAUUAUUCCAGACAGAACUCAUUUGUACAAACAGAAUUUCCGGUAAAUAAUAUAAUGUUUAUACAGAAUCUUCCAGUUUUAGAUCAUUUUAGCUGUUAAACAUUCGACUGAACUCGUUGGAACUUAAAACUCUUUAAGUACAAGAGCAAUAAGAUCUUCUGUGCUAGACGACUAUCAUGUACACACUGCCUCAUGACCGGACCAGUGCUCGCCCACUGUGUGUAGGGAGGGUGGGGGAGGUAGUCACUUCGUUACACACUCCGCUUCAGUUUUUUAAGCUGUAAAACAAAAGUAAAAAUUGCAAGUAAAAACCUACUUUGUGAAUUGUUCUUUGAAUAAUAAUAUUUUUAUGUCUUGUACAUAUGUAAACUGUGCAAACGAAUAAACAUUGUUUUUUGA